AUGACCGUCACCGCCGCCCCCCAGCCCUCGACGCACGCCGCGUUCCGGUAUCUCGACCCGACGACCAUCAAGCCUGGCGUCAAGCCGUGGGCCAAGGUCGACACUGGCGAGGCAACCUCGUACGAGCGUAUCUGGAUCGACAGGCCAGUGUACAAUGCGCGCGAGGACGCCGACGAGUUCCGCGACGUCGACAAGACGGGCUUUGCGUUCCACACCUCCCCCUCGGCCGUUGACCAGUCCGCCGUGCUUGCCGACAAGGACGAUACGGUGCUGGCAAAGUACUACCCCGAGAUUGAGCGCGCACUGCGCGCAAACCUGAAGACGGGCAGCCGCGUCACGCGCAUCAUCCCCUUCGACCACACGAUCCGCAUUCACGACCCUGCUGCCGCGCGCCAGCCCGUGCAGAGCGUGCAUGUCGACCAGACGCCCGCGGCCGCCGAGGCCCGCGUGAGGCGGCACGCGCCCCCCGAGGAUGUGGACGAGCUCCUCAAGCACCGGUUCCAGCUGAUCAAUGUCUGGCGCCCGCUCGAGCACGCCGCGUCUGAUUUCCCACUGGGUGUCAUCGACUGGCGCUCCGCCAACGUCCGCGACCUCGAGCCUGUCGACCUGCUGUACCCCAAGCGCAAGGAGGGCCAGGACAACGACGACAGGGGCAAGGAGGUGCUCCCGGACGAGGCGUCGCUCAAGUCGACUGACGGCUACGAGGUCCGCGGCGAGACGUACUCUGUCAAGCCGGUCGACGGCCACAAGUUCUACUACGUCAAGGACAUGACGCCCGACGAGGUCAUGUUCAUCAAGUGCUUUGACAGCCUGAGUGAGGAGCGUCCCGGCGGCGAGAAGGGCCUCGCGGGCUUCACGCCACACACGGCCUUCAUCGACCCCAACACGCCCAAGGACGCCAAACCGCGCCAGAGCAUCGAGGUCAGGACUCUCGUGUUCUACGAGAACGACGACUGA